GGAAAUUUAAGAAUAGAAAACGUCAAACGAUGUGCCAACCUCGAUUGCACAAAAAACAGGAUCCGAAAGACGUGAAGGACGACGCAGUUCAUGCAUUUUGUACGUGCGCGUGUGUGUGCCUACGAGUGUGUGCAAUGAAGUGCGUGCGUUUGUGUAUGCUCGCGUCUGCAUGUGUUGCAGUUUCAACAAAGGAUGAAAGUGCAAAAGCUAACCGUGUGGCAAGCUGUGCGUGCAGCAGAAGCGCUACCGAAAAAAAGAAGAAAAGAGCCCAUAUUCUUUCCCCAUACCCAACAACAGUGUAUAUCUGUGUGUCUGCUGCGUGUGUGCAUUUGUGUGUGAGGUUGCGUGCGUAGAAUAAAUUUGUGAGUCGCUGCUGUACGCACACCUGCGUGCGACGGUACGAGAAAAGCGUAUCAACAAGAAUAAGAGCAGCAGAAAGUGUGCAGCAAACCAGCAAGCUCUGGCGGCGAAAAGGAUACACAACAAUGCGACUGAAAGCUGUGCUUACCAACACAUCAGUGUACGGGAAGACGCACACACACACACCAAGCAAACGCGUCUUGUACUGCUUUUCCAGGACAUUCGCACCGCCCACCCCACCACUCCGUUGCAUUGUGUGUGUUUUUUUUGUCUAACUUUAUGUUGCUGAAACAUCUUGCCAAAAAGGAUCAUAUGUGAGCGCCGACGCCAUUCGUGUGCGUGUGUGUGUUUGUGUGGUGAAAAGGAUCUAUGCAAUGUGAAGGAGGGAUAAGCAAAGUGAGACGAAUGCGUGCAAUUGAUGCUUUCGGAUCGAGAUUGGGAUCGAGUAAUUAAUGCAGGGUUGUUCAUUCUUGAUUUUGCUAAAAUUUGUGGUAGACUUUGUUGAUUAUUUAGUAAUAAGCAUUAAAAUUACAUCCACUUCAAAGAUUUUAUGAAUGUUCUUUUACGAGAUUUAAAAGUAAUUUUGUAUCUCAUGAGUAACCCUGCAUUAAUGUUGAAUGGCUGGAACACAUGCCGUGUGGGUGUAUUGUGUCGGGCACAAGUCCCUGGAUCUGUUCGGCUAUCAAGUUCAAUUCCGAAGGUUCGUGGGACAAGAAGGCAGGACGUCACGGCAUCAAAUUCAAUUGCAAAGAGUUCUGAUGGCACGCUGGUUUGCGUAUUUAUUCCCGGGAGUCCGCGUGUCGCCGAGAAGAUGUCGUCAAAUUCCUGCUAAUCCGACUGACAUCGAUACUAACUUCUGCUUCGCCGACAGUCAACGGCCAACAAUGGCAGACCUACGCAGUAAUCAUCGUCCGCAUCAACACCGAACGUGCGCUCACAUUACCAUCGGAAAGUGACACCCUCUUGGGGAAAGGAAACGGAAUGCCUCGAGCGCUUCACUGCCUUGAAAUUAAGCUGUUUAGUAUCGCGUUGGUGUGCCUUGUGUUCCAAAUUCCACGAGUGCCUUCUUGCUGCUGCUUUUGAUGCAGCUAGCCAGCGAUUAGUGGGCGACAAGAGAGCAGAACGUUGAUCCGGGACUAUGUUUUGGUGCAAAGGAGACGGAUUCGACAACACAACAUCCAACAACCUUGGCGAACGAUCGAAACCGAUCGAUCAAUCGAUCGCUCGCAGUGAACUGUUUUCAUCCAAACACAGCGUGAUAAAUGGACGAACGCGUUUUUACGAAGAGAGUUCGCGACAGUUUUGUGUGUAAACCAGCAAUAAUUGGUGUGAAAGUACAGCAUAUGCAAGCAGAGUGAAGUAACACAAGCACGCAGUGAAAAAAAUGUAAAACCCCUUUUAUACCGAGAAACCAAUUAAAGGAAGGAUAACGAGCAAACGUAUGUACGUGAAACGACUUAACGUUCCACCGGAAGGCUACCACCGUGCUUAUCCUUUGCCGUAAGGAUAUACGAAUCGCGACGUGAAUGUCGGUUUUUCCAAUCUCCCAUUUCGUUGGCUACACAUUUCCGGCCGGAAUCGGAUUAAUGCUUCCGGGAAAGGUGAUCGCACUAACCUGUGUGUUGCUUCCUGUAUUUUAGUCACGUGUGAAUUGAAAUACAGUGUGCGCGCUUGUGUGGGUGUCUGUGUGUGUGAGGGCGCCCGCGGAUAUGGCCACCGCAAUGGCCAUUGCAAUCCCUUAAGUUCCCGAUAUUCGUUGGGAUCGGAAAAGCGUGUGCCUUUUGCAAGUAUCGAUUUUCUUUUCUUUACACCCCAAAAAGGGUCAAUAGUGCUUAUUCAACGAUUAACGAAAAAAUACAACGUACCGAAAAGUUGUGUGCGUCCACCAUCGCGUGGUGGGUGGUGUACUAACGGGCGCGAAAAAGGUGAAGGAGUGAGUGGAUAAAGUGGAAGCAUAUGUCGUAAAAUCCCACUAAAAAUAAGGAAAAUUUAAUACGAGUGAGGAAUAGUGUGCAUCUUUCGGUGUUAGUACGACGAGAAGUUUUUUCUGUUGUUUUUCGCAUUUCAUUUUUUGUUCUUGUGGUGUGUAUGUAUGUGAAAAAAGGAAUUCGAAAGUAGGAAAACUACAAGCUCGGUUUUUGUGAAGAAAAUCCCUUUUUUUUGGUGUUUUGGUCCGAUACAUAUUGUUUCCGCUCACGUUCCCUAGAGGGCGCUCGCAGCACGGGAAAAACAAUAUCGGUUAAAAGCGAUAAAUCUAGCGAAAAGCCGGAACCCCCCUCGAACGCGGGGUAGAGCGUGUGGAUAAAGCGGACGGAGAAAGCGUACGAUGGACAUCGCAAUGGAUCGAAGCGGAACGGAUGCCGGUGUUGCCACUAUUGGCUCAGUGUUUCAGCAAAUCGUCAACGAGAUGAAGAACUCGAGUCCCCUGUGGGAAGACUUCAUUGCCAAAGCGACAAAGCUACAUGCAUGUCUAAGGGCUGCAAUUCAAGCGUUGGCGGCCUAUUUGGAUGCAUUCCAAAAAAUUGCCGAUGCUGCCACCAACUCUCGAGGAGCCACCAAAGAAAUUGGAACGGCACUAACACGAGUCUGCCUGCGGCAUAAGACGGUCGAGAGCCGGAUGAAAACGUUCACCACCGCCAUCAUGGAUUGUCUGGUGGUGCCGCUGCAGGAGAAACUGGAAGACUGGAAGAAACAAGUGAACAUUAUCGAUAAAGACCAUGCCAAAGAAUACAAGCGUUGCCGGGCGGAGCUGAAGAAGCGCUCGAGCGACACGCUCCGGCUGCAGAAGAAGGCGAAGAAGGGUGCCGCCGAUAACCUGCAUGUGCUGGUCGAGUCCUCGAUGCUAGACGUUACACAGCGCCGUUGCGAGCUGGAGGAGGUCGAGCGAAAGUCACUGCGGGCGAUCAUGGUUGAGGAGCGGCUCCGAUACUGUACCUUCGUCAACAUGCUGCAACCAGUGGUACACGAGGAGUGUGAGGUCAUGUCCGAGCUCGGUCACCUACAGGAAGCCAUGCAGCUGAUAGCGAUCGUCACGAAGGAUCCCACCCAGCUCCCGCAAGCAUCGGAGGAGUUGAUCCUCGAGUCGAAGGCCAACAUUAGCCUUUAUCCGGAUUCGCCCGGUGGUUCCAAUUCGCAGGGUGGCUGCUCGAACUCGCUCGGUUCACGCAAAAGCUCCGUCUGCUCGAUCAGCUCGAUUAACAGUAGCAGCAGUGGAUCCCCGGGCCAUCAUCAGUUCCAGCGAUCGCUAUCGCAGUACUCCCCGGCGAUACGUUUGAAACCAGGCGAAUCGAGCGAUAGCGGCUUUUGCUCUUCACCAGCUUUAACUUCACAGGCCUCCACCUUAGCUAGUCAAUCACAUGCGGUAUCAACGUGGCCACCGCACACACAGGAUGCAACGUCAACCGUCGACCGUCCGCACACAAUUUCGUCCGCUUAUGAAAAGGGUCACCAGCGGCCCGCCCUCACGGUGUACACCUUCCAAAGUCCGGAAACGAUCGCUGAAACGCAAAAAUCACCAGCCAACGUGGCCUGCCGACCACCACUCCCAGUGCGCUGUUCCUCGCUGGAGAGACCACUAUCAACAACUUCCGUGAAAAAUGCCAACCCUAACGUGCCGCGUCAGUGUCCAUCACCAAUUCCAGCGCACAUUACCAAAGAACACCCACAACUCCAGCCCACCUACGUCAAUAUGACGGAAUUGGCUUCGAUGGCUGCCUCUAAAACUACUAACAACAGCAACAAUGUUAACAACAACAACAACCACCAUACAGCAACCAGUAGCAACAAUGGUGGCACUAGCAGCAACACACUCAACAAUGUUCAGCAAACAGUGACAGCCACUUCAACCCCAUCGGUUACGCUGCAGUCCCAUUCCCACGUCCUGUACCAGCAACAGCAACCGAAUUCGCCCGUCCUAUCCUCGGCCUCCUCACUGAUAUCGCCCGAUUCGAAUGCGACGAACGCGAUCAGCUCACCGGACGUAUCGGCGUGCAGUACGCAAACACCCCAAAACACACCGCAGACUGGAUCGCCCGGUACGCCAAACUAUAGCAGUCUCGGCGGUGCAAUCAAUCUCGGGUUCCGCAGCACAACACCAUCGUCAACGGGCGGUGGUACGACGGCCGUAACACCAAGCGAAAGUAAUAUUGACACUUCCUCCAACCACACGAUCACGAUCGAUGACAACGAGGAGCAUUUUAACACCAGCACCUCCGCGUCCGCAAACAUAACAUCUGCCACCAUCAGCACUUCCGAUACUACCACCAUCACCACCACUACCACCGCAACUAGCUCUACUAACAAACCAUCUCCUCCCCAUUGUUCCACCGUCGGCACCGUCGCCUCCGCCGCCGCUAGCACGCCCAGCACCGCGGGCGGCGCUGGCACACCGACGAAAAGCGUACUCGAUAAGGACAAAGAUAUACUCAAACGUACCGGUUCAGUUCUAGAGAAAACGUCCAUGUUCGAGCAGCAGAUCAACAACAAUCAGCUGCACCAGCCGGUACCGCCCCAACAGCAGCUCAGCGUACCGACAUCACCUGCCGCCCUGUCGACGCGCCACAACGACCCGAACGCACUGUACGGACGACGGACGAACGAAGAAAUCUACAAAUCCGCCGGUCAGUUGCUGCUGGAUCGCGAUGCAGACUGCAUCGACAAGCAAACGAUCGAAGAACUAAACAAUCUGAUUGGUGAAUUAGAUCUCUUUCAACGAGAGCACGAAAGCGCCCUGCUAGCACAGCAGCAACAGCACCAUCCACACCAUCCACAGCACGCUCGGCAUCGGUUUUCGAACGGUGUCACGUCCGAUGGGGGACCGACCGAUUCCGACACGAUCUUAGCGAACGGUGUAAAUAACAAUCAUGGCGGUUUGAUGUCCCGCAACGAACCAAGCAUCCGUAACGGUAGCCUGCUGGAUGCUGAGGACGGUUUGGAACAGCCCGCCAGCACGGGCCGGCUACCGUCGUCGAUCUCUUCCAGCAACAGCAAUUUGGAUGAAUAUCUGAGCAACCAUCAGGCGGGUUCGGUCGACGAGACGAACGGUUCGAUGACGAAUCUGGCGGCAAAGUACAGUAACCACUGUGUUGUGAGCGAUACAAAUGAUUACCCAAGCGCCGGCCACUACCAUCGGACGACGUACGCACCACACGGCCAUUCAAUGUCGCUCGGACUCGGUGCAUCGGCCGGUGGUUCGACACAAGGUUUGGAUGGCAUUGCGACCGGGUUCGAGAAUCCUUCCUUUAUGAUGGAGAACUACUACAGCCAGAACCGCAGCGAGGUGGUAGUGUUACGGUGCAAAGACACAAGCCGUAACAGCCUGAACAAUGCACCGGAUGAUCUGCUUACCGGCAGUGGAUUGAUGCAGCUGAACGGUACACCGGUGGACAAUGGUGUACACCAGCAGCAGCGAUUAAGCUCAUUCCGUGUGACCACCUCGCGACCCGCCUCACCCGCUUCGAUGACGUCCUUCUUUGGCAUAAGUUCCCGUUCGCCGACACCAUCCCUUUCGCUGCCGGUUACGGCGAACUCUUCGCCACAACAUCAUGCCCAUCUCGCCGGCAAUAGUAAUGGCGCGGGCGGUGACGUGAAUGACCCAUCAUCGGUGGGGCCCAAUCAUACCAGCUCUAGCGUCGCCCCGGCACCACCAUACGACGAUCGUAUCAAUCGCAAUAAACCCGCCAUCACCCCGAGACCUGCAUCGUUAUCUGGACCAACCCGGGUCACCCGACGAGCGUCUGUUAAUACCGUGAAACCGCCACCGCCCGUACGGCGCAGCUCAAGCGUAACGCCUAGUCCUAGCGUAGGAACUAACUCCACAACCACCACCACAAAUCUUGCCCAGCAAAGCCUAGCUUACACCUCAUCAGAAAGUUUACCACCACCACCUGCUUAUCUGUUAGAUUCGGCCGCCGGAAGUUCACCUAGUAUUUCAGGAAAUGUUGCGGGCACGGUAAAGGCUCUGAAUGAAAUAAGGCACACACCGGCCAGUCCGGGCGUGCUGCGAAGGGCUCAGCAGCAAAGCAAUCCGCCCUCGAAUCAAGGAUCACCUACGCAAUACACCAAUCUGUACGGUACAUUACCUUCCACCAAGCAUGGUCACGAUCAUAGCAAUAUCACAGCAUCAUCAUCAUCAUCGAAUGCUGCGGCGCUUGCGCAGCAAUCACACUAUCCUUCAUCUCAACUCCAUCACCCCAGUACACCAAAUUCAUUCCACGCAACUGAUAGUAACAAACCGCUAUCGAAUCGAUCUCCGAAAACGAAUCUCCACCAACAAGGAGGAAUAUACGCACAACCGAAACAACUCUCGACGAUGUCCAGCUUCCGUACCUCAAGUCCUGGUCCCCAGAAGCCAAACAGUAGCUUCCUUGCACAAUUAAAUGCCAAGAUAGCACCGAACAAAACGUCACAAUCACCAUCACCUGUGCCCUAUCAACACCAGCAACAGCAGGCAAAUAACUAUGGUUAUACGACCGCACCGUCCGGUGGUAAUGAGUUGAUCUAUCAACGAUCCACCCCGGUUGAUCCACGAGCGUACAACAAUAAUCAACAACACCUGCAACAACAACAGCAGCAACAGCAGCAGCAGCAGCAGUUACAACAGCAAUACUACCAAUCACAGCAACCUCCGCCACAUCCACCACGAGAGGGUAAACAUUCAAUCUAUUCCGCCUCUAAUCAAACCACUUCACAGCAACACUACCAGCAACAGCAGCAGUACUAUCAAAAUCAGUAUCCAUCACAACAGCAGCAGCAGCAGCAGCAGCAGCAUCAGCUGCAAUAUCAGCAACAACAAUCCUCGCCAUACUAUUAUCAACAGCAACAGCAGCAACAGGCGCAGAAACAGCAACAGUAUGGGCACGUGCUGCCACCUGCUGGUGCUGGCAGUUGUAGUAAUAACAGUGCUGGCGCUGGAAGUUCCAGCAGCUACCCAACGCAAAACAUUUACGUGUCGACGAAUCCAUUCGUCAGUUCCGUCCAAACGUCGGCUGGUGGUGGUGUGCCUCCAGUCGGUAGUUAUUCACCUUCGUCCUUUGGUAAAGGCACUCGGCAUCACGACGAUGUGGCGAGUGGGGGCGGUAGUGGCAGUAGUACCCCAAACCGGACAAAUCAUCACAGCCGUAAUAGUUCAGCAAACAAUAAUGGUGCCGCUGGCGGUGGUUCUGCAUCAUCCGGUGGAACGCACAACGUGCUGGCGAAAACUAGUGCCGGAUUUCUAGAAAACCUAAACGCCCGUCUCGCAGAACAGCGACUGUCGGGCAAAGCAUUUGCCGUACGAAAUCUCAUCAACAGUAAAGCUCUGCCGGAUCCCCGCGUCUGUCACGAAUCGCUCAUGGAUCAGAUCAAGCGUGGCGCAACGCUAAAACGCAAUCGUACGAUAAAUGAUCGUAGCGCACCGAAAAUCCAUUAGAUUUGCUGCCAUGCACGCACGCGCACACACACACACACACACCGACGCUUUCUGUCCGCCUGUCACGGAGGGGGACACUACGCUCCGCUUUAGCCAACACCAGUAACACCCACCUAAAGGAUAAAUGUAUACAGAGAAGAAGCGCUCUUGAUCUUGAUGCAGCAGGCGCUCACUCGCUGGUAACGUAAUUGGCGCCAUCGAGAACGCAGCGAGAUCCAUGGAAAUGUAAAGUUAACCGUGUAUAAAGAAGCUACUGAAAAAUGAAAUGAAACCCAAUAGGCUGAAGAAGAUGCAUAUCGUUUAAGGCGAGAUUGAUUCGUCACAUAAUAUCUGUCCCCGUUCGGAAGGGACAUGUACCUUUAAAAGAAGAUUAAGGUAUUUAUACUUGAGUUACUAUUUGAGUUUCGUGCGGAAUGUCUUUACGAAUGGAACUGAAUAGUGAAAAACAAUUUUUGUAGGGCAACAUUGUAUGCACAUGGAAGAAUGCAUACAUAACAACUGGUCCCUUUCGCCUCAAUUUAUUAUUGUGAGAUAGUUUGCGAGAACGACCCAUUUUGUUUUGAUUUGGAUUACAGGAAUUAAUUCUUGUCGGGUUUUCACCAGUUUCCAAAAUAUAUUCAGCUAUUUAAACCUCUUUUUUGUAAAAAAAAAAACAGAAACAGUUAAUUCGGAAAGGAAAAGUUUCAAUUAAUGAACUCGAAUACCAGUGUAUUAAAUGUAAGCGAAUGGGUAGCGCAAUAAAAAACGAAAUUGCGAAAACCUUCAACUGCAACCAGUCCACAAACCAAACAAUUGAAAGCAUCAGAGAAAAGCAUCGCGCUGUGAGAACAUAGGAAAUGUGAAGAAGGCAAUGGAAAUAAGGAAAAUCCAUCAAACUUACACACACACAUAUACAUACAUAUAAUAUCAAUUACAAACUUUAUCAUCGUCGUAAGACUCUUCGAUAUGUUUGAUAUAUCAGUGCGAAAAGGAAAAUCCAAUGGAAGGCAACAAUACGCCGAAAGACUUACUACCUUUAAUGCUAGUUACUUCUUGUUGAAUUGUAAAAUUCCAAGCCUUAUAACUAACAUACCAAUACCCGAUAUAUACAUAUACUAUGUACGUUCUCAGCAAAGUUUUGAAUUUGAUGGAAAAUAUUCCCUUUAAAGGGUGACAAUAGUAUGGCAGAAGAAAAUAUCAAAAUUAGCAAACCCAAAUGUAGCUCACAUUAGUUGCAAUGUUUUUGGGACAAAUAAAGUAGCAGCAGUAUCUAACGGACAGGGUUUUUUAAAAGAGGAAGAUAAAAAAAGGUAACCAAUUCGUCCAAAACACAGCCAAUUAUCAGGAGUUAUGUGUUAGUAAGGUCUCUAUUCAGACUUUAUUGAAGACUUGGUUACACAUAACCAGCUUCGACCUAGCAGCAGCAGCAACAGCAACAGUUAAAGUGACAGAAGAAAAACAUUUCUCUUUAUCUCACAGUAUCAUUGCUUAUUUUAGUACGGUUUUAAUCCCCUUCAAUCAUAAAUGUUGCAUCAAUCGUUUAAAACGUAGUCAAACAUCAUGUAAAUGGAGAAUGCUCAAUGUAACACUGCAUACAAAGCAACUUAUCCCCAAAAACAGAAAACACUCUGUCACACGACACCAAACGGUAAAGACUGACACAGGUCGGAACUACACGAAAUAUCUCUUUUAUGGAUGUGUCUUGUUAGGGUGGAGACAUACUCUGCACGCGAAGAAUGCACGACAGCCGCAACGGCAAUGGUGCGUUUUAGAGUUUACAUUAAGGAGAUGUUUUCUCUCGUGCGCUCUGUCCAGUUCAACUAAUAAUCACCCAUACAAACUACACUAAAAACUAAACCUUUUUUGGGUGUAGCAAAAAGGAAGAGGGGAAUCGCGCCUCCUAGCAUACAAAUACCGUUUACAUAAUGUUCAGUUAAGUGUUCGUGUUCCUACUGGUCCGUGUGGAAUGCUGUGAAAUUUUCAAUGGGCCAACGUAGAAUCGAUAGAGGCAGAUCGAAGGUUAAAAGCACAAUCGACUUCUUUUAGUAGAGACCAGUCUUCCACCAAAGAUCAGUGACAAUGGAAGUAGCCGCAAGUGAGCAACACACAGCCUUUAAACAGGCAAACGCUGGUUUGUGGGUGUUGUGUGCGUAGAAAAAGGGAAGGAAUAUGUGAAGCGGGAAGCGUGUACCGUAAACCAAAACCUUAGAACAGAGGCUAUCUUUAUUAGGGAACCCUUUUUUUACUUGAUUGCUAUUUGUUUCAUAUUUAUUUUCAUCGUUAUUUUCAAUUAUUCCUUUAUUCCUUUUUGUUCAUUUAGAACUGUUAUUACUACAUUUCUUUUUAUGUUUUUCUUUUCUCUAUUUGGUUUAAUUUAUUACAUUGGAAAUUAAGCUAUCUAUUUAACAAACGCAAAAGGUCUUUUACUGAUUUGUUAUACAUUUUAUUUUUUUUACUUGAGCCUACCAUAUUUAUUUGCAUUUUGUUUUUUUUUUACAUUUUCUUAUGAUUGUUUGAAAUCAUGUUAUGUAUAAGUUUUUUUUCCCUCUUUUCUUGUUUGUUUGUUAACCAUUUGAUGUAAAUAAUGAAUGUGUGUAUAUUGGUCGAUUAUCAGAUAUGUUUCAUCCUUUUGGCUAUAGUUUAUACCUGUUGCACUGUUUGGUGUGUAUGGGGGAAACAGUGAACGGGGGUUUUGUUUUUAAUUCUGUUAAAUCAAAAUCGCGUUCAAUAAUUGGUAUAAAACAAGCGUAAAACAAAAUAUACAAAUUUAUGCAUUAUAUCUCAAGAUGAUGGAUCGUACGCAGUAGCAUUUCGGAUAGCAAAACAAAAGAAAAAUAUAUAUAAAAUGGAAAGAAGAAGGGCGCAUUAAGUGUGUAUGGAAUCGUUUCAACACCCAUGUCUAAAGGCAAUGAAAAGUGACACAAAGUGAUGCGGUCUCGACGUGAAACACAAUAACUAGCUCCUAGCUAAUGAAGGCGAAAUGAAUAACUAAGAGAACAUAAUUAAAAGUAAACCAACCAUUAUUAACUUAUGUGACAAGCUAAAACCUAAACUAACCAAAACAAAACGUCUAAAACGAAGGGCGACGGAAAAUUUAAAACGGAAGAGAGAAACUGUAUGUGGGUGAAAAAAAAUCACUAAACAAAAACAUUAACGUCGAACUAAACGAGGAAAUGAGUGGUGUGUGGAUAUGUCUACAAUAAAAUCCCAACCUACCUUCCCAACACUUAUUCGGGUGGGGUGGCAAAAGUUUGCUAAAAACAACAGAGCAACAGCAACAAACUGCAUAUAUACAUAUUAUUUUUAUACACGGAAGUUAGCAAACCAACACAAGUGAUCUGAACUAGAGCCGAGAGGCGCCCGCCCGGAAAGGGCGCAGCGAUCAGCGUAGCAGCAUAGAGACAGAGGGCACGUAUUGCCACAACAGCGUGUCGAUAAAGGCCAACACGCAACAUUAGUUCUAGUUAUACAUUAUAUACACACAACAAUAUACAUAUUAUGUAUACAUAGGCACCGUCAAACAAAGCGAAAAAUUCGAAACGCACGUCACUCUGUACAUGGUCGUCGAGCUAACGUAGAUGUUACUAUACUUGUAAUAGAAAACGCAACAGGCACACGCUGCUUACCGAAGCAAAGGCAAAGGAAAUGGGAAAUGGAUGCGCGAAAACGAUCAAUAUUGCUGCAUAUUAUUAACACCUACACCCUGCACCUGAAGGUGUAGGUGAGCGUGCGAAUCUCAGCCGAAGAAAAGGGCAGACCGUGAACGUGCACAGGCAUAUGGUAUGGUAAUUAAAACAACUAUUAAGGAAAUAUGUUCAUCCAUUUGAAU